UGUUGCCAGAGUAACUGGGCGUCCUCGGGAAGGCGGCGUCCGCCCGCGGCCGAGGUCCCUGCUGGCCUGCGCUGCGUGCCCGAGACGAUGAAUCAUGAUGAAAGAUUCGUUUUCAUUGCAGAGUGGUAUGAUCCAAAUGCUUCACUUUUUCGACGUUAUGAACUUUUAUUUUACCCAGGGGACGGGUCUGUUGAAAUGCAUGAUGUGAAGAAUCACCGCACCUUUUUAAAGCGGACCAAAUACGACGAUCUUCACUUGGAGGAUUUAUUUAUAGGCAACAAAGUGAAUGUCUUUUCUCGACAGCUGGUGCUGAUCGACUAUGGGGAUCAAUAUACAGCUCGCCAACUGGGCAGCAGGAAAGAAAAAACGUUGGCUCUGAUUAAACCCGAGGCAGUAUCGAAAGCUGGAGAAAUAAUUGAAAUGAUAAACAAAGCUGGGUUUACUAUAACCAAACUCAAAAUGAUGAUGCUUUCAAGGAAAGAAGCAAUGGAUUUUCAUGUAGACCAUCAAUCAAGGCCCUUUUUAAAUGAGCUGAUCCAGUUUAUUACAAGUGGUCCUGUCAUCGCCAUGGAGAUUUUAAGAGAUGACGCUAUAUGUGAGUGGAAAAGACUGCUUGGACCCGCGAACUCCGGGAUGGCUCGUACGGAUGCUCCCGAAAGCCUGAGAGCUCUCUUUGGAACCGAUGGCAUAAGAAAUGCAGCUCAUGGCCCUGAUUCUUUUGCUUCAGCUGCCAGGGAAAUGGAGUUAUUUUUUCCUUCAAGUGGAGUUUGUGGACCAGCAAACACUGCUAAAUUUACGAAUUGUACCUGUUGCAUUAUUAAGCCCCAUGCCAUCAGUGAAGGACUGCUGGGAAAGAUCCUCAUGGCUAUCCGGGAUGCAGGUUUUGAAAUCUCAGCUAUGCAGAUGUUCAGCAUGGAUCGAGUUAACGUUGAAGAGUUUUAUGAAGUUUAUAAAGGAGUGGUGUCUGAGUAUAAUGAGAUGGUGACAGAAGUGUGUUCCGGCCCUUGUGUAGCAAUGGAGAUUCAACAGAAUAAUCCUACAAAGACAUUUCGAGAAUUCUGUGGACCUGCUGAUCCUGAAAUUGCCCGGCAUUUACGCCCUGGAACCCUCCGAGCCAUCUUCGGUAAAACUAAGAUCCAGAAUGCCGUUCACUGUACCGAUCUACCGGAGGACGGCCUCUUAGAGGUCCAGUACUUCUUCAAGAUCCUGGACAACUCGGAGUAGAGAAAAGCAAAGAAGUCACAGCCGGAGCCAUAGGACAAGAGUGAGUCACGCACGUGCGGAAUGUGUUCAUUCUUUUAUUG